UCGAUGGCUCCUGUCGCACGGGACAUGCAUUCAAGAACUGCGCAUUAUUGACAUUCGCACACACAUAUUGUUUAUGGCAGCAGCUUGACCGUUGAUAGGAGAGAACUUUUAAGGUAAUUUGAAUUUACAUGAUAUGACUUAAGGAAGGCAUCGUGCAUGUGUAUCCAUGACAAAUCAAUGGAUGGCACGCAGCAAACAAGGGAGCUUUCUGUCAUUUCUUCUAAAUCAAGCGUUAGCUACAAGGACAGUCAUUAGUAUACUACCUUGGAAAUCGAAACAGAAGAAGCAUACAUUGCUGUAUCAUGUGAACGCCGCUAUUCAUGCAACGCAAAAUUCGACAUUUUUUACCCAGGAAAUCUCUUCUGACAAAGCGUUGGUAAGUUACGGUCCAGGUAACGAUAGCCCCACAAAAUACGAACAAAAAAAAGAAAAAAGAAAAGAAAAGAAAAUCAGGAAGUAGAUUAGUAGUAGAUUAGAGAGAAUGUAAAAGCAACACCAAGCAUCACGCGGUCU